CUCCAGGAGCAGCUGCGUCGUCUGUACCCUCGUCUGAAGGUGUUGGCGUUUGGGGCGAAGCCAGAGACGACCCUCCAUACCUACCUGCCCUCCUUCCUGUCCCGGGCCACGCCCCACUGCCCUGAUGAUAUGAAGAGAGAGGUAACACGCUGCAGGGGGAAAGGAUUCAGACCCUUUCACCUUUUCCACAUGUUAUGUUACAGCCUUAUUCUAAAAUGAAUUAAACACAUUUGUUCCCUCGUCAAUCUACACACAAUACCCCAUAAUGACAAAGCAAAAACAGAUUUUUAGACAUUUUUGCAAAUGUAUUAAAAAACAACAACAGAUACCUUAUUUACAUAAUAAGUAUUCAGUCCCUUUGCUUUGAGGCUCGAAAUUGAGCUCAGGUGCAUCCUGUUUCCAUUGAUCAUCCUUGAGAUGUUUCUACAACUUGAUUGGAGUCCACCUGUGGUAAAUUAAGUUGAUUGGACAUGAUUUGGAAAGGCACACACCUGUCUAUAUAAGGUCCCACUGUUGACAGUGCAUGUCAGAGCAAAAACUAGAGCUCAGAGACAGGAUUGUGUCGAGGUACAGAUCUGGGGAAGGGUCCCAAAACAUUUCUGCAGCAUUGAAGGUCCCGAAGAACAGUGGCCUCCAUCGUUCUUAAAUGGAAGAAGUUUAGAACCACCAAGACUCUUCCUAGAGCUGGCCGCCCGGCCAAACUGAGCAAUCUGGGUAGAAGAGCCUUGGUCAGGGAGGUGACCAAGAACCCCAUGGUCACUCUGACAGAGCUCCAGAGUUCCUCUGUGGAGAUGGGAGAACCUUCCAGAAGGACAACCAUAUCUGCAGCACUCCACCAAUCAGGCCUUUAUGGUAGAGUGGCCAGACGGAAGCCACUCCUCAGUAAAAGGCACAUGACAGCCCGCUACGAGUUUGCCAAAAGGCACCUAAAGACUGUCAGACCAUGAGAAACAAGAUUCUCUGGUCUGAUGAAACCAAGAUUGCCAGCUGCACCAAUGUGUCGGAGGAAACGCCGUUCAACAGAUGACCGAAGUCAGCCUGAAGGCGCCCGGUCCGACACAAGGAGUCGCUAGAGCGCGAUGAGCCUGAAUGCCAAGCGUCAGGUCUGGAGGAAACCUGGCACCAUCCCUACAGUGAAGCAUGGUGGUGGCAACAUGAUGCUGUGGGGAUGUUUUUCAGCGGCAGGACUGGGAGACUAGUCAGGAUCGAGGGAAAGAUGAAUGGAGCAAAGUACAGAGAGAUCCUUGAUGAAAACCUGCUCCGGAGCGCUCAGGACCUCAGACUGGGGCGAAGGUUCACCUUCCAACAGGACAACGACCCUAAGCACACAGCCAAGACAACGCAGGAGUGGCUUCGGGACAAGUCUCUGAAUGUCCUUGAGUGGCCCAGCCAGAGCCCGGACUUGAACCCGAUCGAACAUCUCUGGAGAGACCUAAAAAUAGCUGUGCAGCGACGCUCCCCAUCCAACCUGACAGAGCUUGAGAGGCUUUUCAGAGAAGAGUGGGAGAAACUCCCCAGAUACAAACAAUUUAAUCCAUUUUAGAAUAAGGCUGUAAUCUAACAAAAUGUGGAAAAAGUCAAGGGGUCUGAAUACUUUCCGAAGGCACUGUUGUAUAUACUGAAUAAAAAAUAUAAACGCAACAUGUAAAGUGUUGGUCCCAUGUUUCAUGAGCUGAAAUAACAAAUCCCAGAUAUUCACACUCCUACUUUUUUUAAUUAAGGUAUCUGUGACCAACAGAUGCAUAUCUGUAUUCCCAGUGACGUGAAAUCCAUAGAUUAAGGCUUAAUGAAUGUAUUUAAAUGGACUGAUUUCCUUCUAUGAACUGUAACUUGUUGUAAUGUUGCGUUUAUUAUUAUUAACACACACAAACACACUGAGUGGACAAAACAUUAAGAACACCUGCUCUUUCCAUGACAUAGACUGAUCAGUUGAAAGCUAUGAUCUCUUAUUGAUGUCACUUAAUAAAUACACCCAUAAUAAAUACAAUCAGUGUAGAUGAAGGGGAGGAGACAGGUUAAAGAAGGAUUUGUAAGCCUUGAGACAAUUGAGACAAGGAUUGUGUAUGUGUGCCAUUCAGAGGGUGAAUGGGCAAGACAAAAUAUUUAAGUACCUUUGAACGGGGUAUGGUAGUAGGUGCCAGGCGCACCGGUUUGUGUCAAGAACUGCAACGCUGCUGGGUUUUUCACGCUCAACAGUUUCCCGUGUGUGUCAAGAACGGUCCACCACCCAAAGGACAUCCAGCCAACUUGACACAACUGUGGGAAGCAUUGGAGUAAACAUUGGCCAGCAUCCCUGUGGGAAGCAUUGGAGUGAACAUGGGCCAGCAUCCCUGUGGGAAGCAUUGGAGUGAACAUGGGCCAGCAUCCCUGUGGAGUCCAUGUCCCGACAAAUUGAGGCUGUUCUUAGGGCAAAAAGGGGGUGGGGGGUGCAACUCAAUAUUAGAAAGGGGUUCUUAAUGUUUUGUCCACUCAGUGUAUACACACAAAGAAUCAGACAAGUGUCUUCAACCACCUCAACAAAUAACAUUCACCAAAAAAUAAUUUCUAGUAUUUGUAUGGUUAAUGGAUAGAGUAUUGUCAUGUCCAAUACGUUAAUUUUGUCAUGUCCCCCCCUCUCUCUAGUUGCUCAGCUCCAUGACAGAGUGUCUAUCUGUCGACCAGCAGAGUCUAGGGGUCUGGAGACAGCUAUACACCAAACACCUACCCCAGUCCAGGUACAACACACACCAUUCAGAGUCUAGGGGUCUGGAGACGGCUGUAUAUUUAACACCUGUCCAGGUACAACACACACCAUUCAGAGUCUAGGUCUGGAGACGGCUGUAUAUUUAACACCUGUCCAGGUACAUACAAAUGCAUACACUUUUUAAGCAAAUAAUAUGAAGUAGCGUGCUGUAAUACAUCUCUCUCUCUCUCUCUCUCUCUCUCUAGUCUGCUGUUAAACCAUCUAAUGAAGUCCUGGAACACUCUGCCACCCAAGGUACAAUAUAACCAUGGUAACUGCCUCUGUCCCGUCUCAGUGAUGAGGUCAUCCGUGUACUGGCUCAGGAUUGGCUGGGAGGAAAGGAAGUUAAUUAUUGGGGUA